CCUUAAGUCUACAUGGGAAGGGAGACAAAGAUGAAAAUAGGCAACAAACUGAGAUUAGGGAAAGGCUUCUGAGAUAACAUUAUUCUGGGAAGAGGAAUGCAGUCAGAUGGAAAGGAAAGAUUUCUGGCAAGGAGAACAAGAAUCAUCAGUAUAUGCGGAGAAAAAAAUGUUAAGGAAAAACAAAAAAUUGAUUUUUAAAUACUGUCUUAAUCUCGUUAAUGGAGCUUUCUUGGUUCUGGGACUUUUACUCAUGGGAUUUGGUACAUGGCUUUUAUUAGAUGGAAAUAAUUUUUUCACAGCUUUGGAUGAAAAUAAUCACUUGACAGUGUAUAUUUUUCGAAUUUUGAUUGGAACUGGAUCUGCUAUUCUUCUUCUUUGUCUCUUGGGUUAUUUGGGAAUUCACAAUGAGAUCAGGUGGCUCUUAAUUCUGUAUGCAGCACUAUUGAUGUGGGCUGUUGGUGUUCAGGUUGUACUUUCAACACUCAUCUUUGCAAAGAAAGAAGAGGUUCACCAAGCAUGGCAUGAUAAAAUUGAUUCCAUCAUUUCUGAGUAUGGAUCUGAGGAUUUUCCUCAAGAUACACCCAAGUGGAUGAUUCUGAAUGCUCUGCAGAAAACGUUUCAGUGUUGUGGCCGAAAAAAUUACACAGAUUGGACCAAGAAUAAGAAUAAAGAAAAUUCAGAACAGGUGCCAUGUUCUUGCACAAAUUCUACAUUAAGAAAGUGGUUUUGUGAUGAGCCACUGAAUGCAACGUACCUACAGGGUUGUGAAAAUAAAAUCAGCACAUGGUAUCAUGCUAAUGCUUUGACAUUAAUUGGAAUUAACUUUGGACUUUUGGCUUCAGAGGUUUUGCAAUUCUCUUUAACUGUUUCUUUCUUCGGACACAUCAAGAAUAGAAUAUAUGCAGAAAAGUGAUCACCGGAUUUUAAUUUGUCUGGAAGAAACCAGUUAACUCGUAAAAUAAUCAUAUUGAAUUCUUCUAUUCCAAAAGAAAAGUUUUGAAUUACAUUCAUUGUUUAAGAUUUAAUAAAGUCAGUGGU